CAACUUCCGGUCAAGAUGAGAUGUUGAAGGGGUUAGCAGCAGGUGUAGCACGAGCAAAAGAGUAGGUGGCUGACAAAAAUGUGAAUGGAUUAAGUCCAAGUGGCGUUCGUUUUUCUGCCAUUUCCAAUUUUCAGGAGUAGCGAUAAGUCGCUCUCUUUAGUCUCUUCGCAUUACUUUAUUAAUCUUCGGAGCCAAAGCCCCCAGCUCUAGAACUAGAAGUGAAAAGAUCAAUUCUGCUCCUCGGCUGUACCUUACUCUCCUCCAUGGAAACAGGAACCCGAAGACGAAAGCAAAGGGAACCCAUCCCUUGAAACCUCUCUCUUUACCUGCUCCAAUAUUAGAUGCUCGUUCCUGCAUCUGAGUUACUCACUUUCUUCUUUAACUGAACUUGGGGGGAGCUAUCUCUCAAUGAAUUCUGGAUUAAUGUACUCCGUCUCUUCUCCUUCCUCAGCUUCCCCUUCUUCCACAUCUACAGCUACUGCUGCUUUGACUCAUCGGAACUCCAGAUUACCCAUGCUACUGCCACGGCCAAUUUCAUCAUCUCUAAGGCUGCAGUGUUGUUCUGCAUUCCAUGUGGAUGCUUCUCUUAAUUUCUAUCCCUCUAAAACUCAUGCCGGGUCGAAGUGUUCUUUGAGAUUGUCUGGAGAACAAUCUUUAUGCUCUCAGCAACAACAUGAUAAAUGUGCUUGGCCCUUGAGAGCUUUGGUGACCUCAACGGCACAAGAUAUUCCCAUAACAUCUCUAAUUGCCAACGAGAAGGUGGGAGUUUUGUUGCUGAAUCUUGGAGGUCCAGAGACUCUUGAUGACGUGCAGCCUUUCCUAUUUAACCUCUUUGCCGACCCUGACAUCAUUCGACUCCCAAGGUCGUUUCGUUUUCUGCAAAAGCCUCUGGCCCAGUUCAUAUCAGUUGUUAGAGCGCCCAAGAGUAAAGAAGGCUACGCUUCCAUUGGUGGUGGAUCACCCCUGCGGCAGAUAACUGAUGCUCAGGCAUCUUGCGAGCUUACCCUUCCUACAAACGCAGAAGCAUUGAAAAAGUCCCUUUGGGAAAAGAAUGUUCCCGCAAAAGUGUAUGUUGGCAUGCGUUACUGGCAUCCAUUCACCGAGGAAGCAAUAGAACAGAUAAAGAGGGAUGGUAUUACAAAACUUGUUGUGCUUCCGUUAUAUCCACAGUUUUCAAUAUCAACUAGUGGCUCCAGCCUGCGACUCUUGGAGAGUAUAUUCCGGGAAGAUGAGUAUCUAGUGAACAUGCAGCAUACAGUGAUACCGUCCUGGUACCAGCGUGAAGGAUACAUUACUGCCAUGGCCAAUCUAAUUGAGAAGGAAGUACUAAAAUUUGAAACUCCUGAUAAGGUUGUAAUAUUUUUCAGCGCUCAUGGAGUGCCUAUAGCAUAUGUUGAAGAGGCUGGUGAUCCAUACAAGGCAGAAAUGGAGGAAUGUGUGGAUUUGAUAAUGGAUGAAUUAGAGAAGAGACAAAUCACUAGCCCAUAUACUCUUGCUUAUCAGGUGCUUUAGAUACUUUUGGGGCUUAAACUUCUAAUAAUAUAUAUAUUCUUUUUUCAUUCUAAACUUGCAAACUUCUAGAGUAAUGCAGAAAGCGUGUCCUGAAACUGUAUUUGGCUAAGUCAAUGAAUCCUGAACGUACGUGCAAGUGCAAUAACUUUUCUUUUUUAUGUGGAUCUCAGCAAAAUCAGCAUGCCAAUAAAUGACUUAUCUAUUAAAAUGGGAUUGGUCCAACUUCGUAAUUGAAAACUCGAUCCCACUAAAGACUUUUUAAUUCACAACUUCAAGUAAGCAUAUGAUGUGGUUUCUACUCUUGUGCUUAUCAUCACUUCUUAGUCCUAGAUUCAAUUUGUCAUAGUUGCUGCAUUUGCAUUGAAUUAUUAAGUCAAUACCUUGGUUUAACAACGUGAGAAUUAUAGUAGUUUCAUCUAUAUGGGAGGAUGAGACCUCAGAUGAUGACUCGAAGAUGCUUAACUAGCUAACAAGCUGCAGCAUAUGAACAUAUAUUUUCUUUUUCUUACUUUUUUUUUGUGGUUUUAUCUCUAUUACUAUUUGGAUGGCGAGUCACUGGAUAGUUUUGAUGUUUCUCCAGAGCAGAGUAGGUCCUGUGGAGUGGCUUAAACCUUACACUGAUGAGACCAUCAUUGAUCUCGGGAGAAAAGGGGUCAAAAGUCUUCUUGCUGUCCCAAUAAGCUUUGUUAGUGAACACAUUGAGACUCUGGAAGAAAUCGACGUUGAGUAUAAAGAGUUGGCUCUUGAGUCUGGGAUAGAAAAAUGGGGGCGUGUUCCAGCACUGGGAUGCGAACCAACCUUCAUUUCAGACUUGGCAGAUGCUGUGAUUGAGAGCCUUCCCUAUGUUGGAGCUAUGGCAGUCUCUAAUCUUGAAGCUAGACAGUCCUUGGUUCCACUGGGCAGUGUGGAAGAGUUAUUGGCAGCAUAUGAUUCAAAACGGAGGGAGCUACCACCACCUGUGACGGUGUGGGAAUGGGGUUGGACAAAAAGUGCAGAGACAUGGAAUGGAAGAGCAGCCAUGUUGGCUGUGCUGGUUCUGCUGGUCUUGGAAGUCACUACAGGACAGGGCUUUCUGCAUCAGUGGGGCAUCUUACCUUUGGUUCGCUGAAAACCCAGAGAGCACAAAUAUGUCUGUAUCAUAUGAAUUUUGUUCCUGCAAUGACUAACAUUGCCUACAUUACUAUCUGAGAACCUAUUUAGCUAAGCUGGGAAUAGGGGACUUUCGGUGCAUUCUUUACUGUAAAUUGGAUUUUUAGGGGUGAUGAAAAGGGUCCAAACGUUCUUUAUGAUGGCAUGUUGUAUCACCACAGACACCAUAUGUUAUUUUCUGAAGUUUGUGACUUCAGAUAUUAUAUAUUGUCACCGUGGAAUUCUGGAUCUAGGUCGUGUUUUUCGAAUUGCAAUGGAUUUUAGAGAAAGAGGACGCAUA